AUGAAGCUAACGAAGCCGCAAUCACCGGUAGGCAUUCUCACCCAUCAUUGGGAUUGCACUAACAUCUUGACAGACCCCGACACCGAGUGCCAGCCUUAUGACUGGCCACCAAUGGACGCCGUGUCCUCCCAGUAUCCUAACAACUGGCAGCCAGCAUCCAUCGUGGACGGGGACACUGAAGCGCAGGAUCUCUGGAACAGCAUCCAGAACCAGGUCCCCUCGGACGUGCAGGUGAAGGGCUACCAACCUGGUUCGCUCUCCGGGGACUUUUCCGGAUACAACUACCCCUCAAACGAUCCCGACUGUUGGUGGACGUACUCGGGUUGUGAUGUGCCCAAGCACAGCGGGCUGGCAGCCGACAUUACGACGAUGCCUGAGCCUGAUACACUGGGAUACGGAUUUGAUGACGGCCCUAACUGCUCGCACAAUGUGUUCUAUGAUUUCCUGGAGUCGAGGAAUCAGAAAGCUACAAUGUUUUACAUCGGGAGCAACGUACAAAACAAUCCACUCCAAGCCCAACGUGCCAUCGUUGAUGGUCACCAAAUUUGCGUCCACACGUGGUCGCAUCAAUAUACUACUGCUCUUAAUAACACCCAAGUCUUCGCGGAGUUGUAUUAUGGUAUGCAGUUAUUCUUGAUUCUCACAAACAUGAUCAAGUUCGUCACCGGUGUCGCUCCACUUUGCUGGCGUCCGCCGUAUGGCGAUGUAGACGACCGCGUGCGCGCAAUCGCGCAUGCCCUAAACAUGAGCACGAUCCUGUGGCAGUACGACUCAAACGAUUGGCGCGCCGGCUAUGACGGAUACACCGAUCAGCAAGUCUACCAGAAUUACGAGGACCUGAUCACGCGUGCAAAAAACGGCACUUUCGCGGAGCAGGGAACAAUCAUGCUGACGCACGAGCUGACGAACUUCACCAUGCACACGGCGGUGACAUACCAUGAUCAACUUGCCGCCGUGUUCAAGCACCUCGUGCCCGUUGGCGUCGGAUACAAUGAAACGCACCCGUAUGUAGAGAGCAACUACUCAGUCCCGACAUUCGAGCAGUGCAAUGCGCAGCCUACUUCCACGUCGACAUCUACUUCAUCUGGCUCUGGGAUUAGCUCAGGGACGAGUGGCGCAACAAGGGCGGCGCUUCAUUCUGCGGCGGUCGUUAUUUCGAGCGCGCUUAUGGGUAGUCUAUUCGUCUUGCACGCUUGA